CGCAUACUGUAACUUCAACCACGAUCCACAGGAAGACCAAUUUGCGAUGAUCGGCGCCGCUUCCAUGGCACUGAAAGGUCAAUUGGUAGUCAGUCUUCAAAUUUGUAGCACUGCAAAAGAUUUAGCCCGUACACGACAGGUAAAUCAUUUUUGACUUCACGCAGGGCGGCGGGAGUUGGGAGAGCUAUAAGAACCUGUCGGCACGAAAGCAAUCUCCCUCAGCCUCUCGAGUUCGCUAGUCAUGCUAUCCUUCUUCGCUGUACCUCUUCUGGCCCUGUCUGCUGUAAGCGCGAGCACGCCCGCCGCCCGCUCCAUCUCACCCGUCAUAGGAACUUGGUAUGCCGGUUGGCACGCCACUGAAGGAUUCCCGCUGUCCUCAAUCAGCUGGGGAAAGUACAAUACACUGUACUACUCAUUUGCAACCACCACUCCAAGCGUCGGCAGUUUGAGCCUGGACGGCUCUAAUGGCGAAUUACUUCCUCAGUUCGUUUCGGACGCCCAUGCACAUGGUGUUGCGGCCCACAUUGCUAUCGGGGGCUGGACUGGGGGCCGUUGGUUCUCUUCUAAUGUUGCCACCCAAGAAAACCGGACGGCAUUUGUCAAGACCGUAACAGAUUUUGCUCAUAAGUACAACCUGGAUGGUCUCCAAAUCGACUGGGAGUACCCAAACAGGCAGGGAGUCGGCUGCAAUACCAUUAGCGCUGACGACACAGCCAAUUUACUCGAAUUUCUCCAAGAGCUUCGCCAAAACUCAGUGGGGAAAAGUCUGACCCUCUCGGCUGCCGUAUCUGUGACACCUUUCAGAGACGCUAGCGGAAAACCUUCCACUGACGUCUCAGGUUUUGCGAAGGUCUUCGAUUACAUCACCAUAAUGAACUACGACGUUUGGGGCUCGUGGUCUUCAGGUGUGGGGCCCAAUGCACCGUUGAAUGACACCUGCGCCUCGUCCGCGAACCAACAGGGUUCUGCUGUUUCUGCAGUCAAAGCUUGGACCGAGGCAGGCAUACCGGUCAACCAGAUUGUGCUCGGCGUUGCUUCCUACGGCCACUCGUUCAGCGUUGCUCCCCCUCACGCCUUCAAGUCUGACAAGAAGACGCUGGCUGUAUAUCCCGCCUUCAACGCAUCGAAUCAGCCAUUGGGUGACGUAUGGGAUAACGUUGGUGGUGACGAUGGUUGUGGCGUGUACCAGGGCCCAGGUGGCACAUUCAGAUUUUGGGGCCUCAUGGACGAGGGCUUCCUUACCAAAGAAGGCAUCCCUGCUCACGGUAUUCACCACAGAUACGACGAUUGCAGUCAGACGCCGUAUGUAUACAACGAGACCUCGCAUGUCAUGGUAUCAUUCGACAAUACCAAGUCGUUUGCUGCCAAGGGCCACUACAUCAAGAAGACUGGGCUGCGCGGUUUCACAAUGUGGGAAGCUGGUGGUGAUUACAACGAUAUGCUCCUCGAGUCUAUUACUAAGGCUACUGGGUAUUAAAUAUGUCGUCAUUCCUGUGUCAGCUCUCCGGUCGUUACUGAAGUGGACUAUUAUAUCUCGUCUCUUUUCCUAUUCUAGUUUACUGUAAACAUGUUGGCCGCCCUUUCUAAUAGUAUUUUCCCUUCUGCUCAAUGCUUAACGAGAACGCCCGCGCUUGCGGUCAAUGCAGGCAUUCCGAAAGCAGGCUUUUCGUCUUUAUUGAGUUCU